AUUUUUCUUCCCCACACAGUUAACACAGUUCAGCAGCUGAAAAACCCUAGAAAAUGCCGGCGGGUCACGGUCUGAGGUCGCGCACCAGGGAUCUCUUCGCUCGGGCUUUCAGGAAGAAGGGCCCGACCCAUCUAUCAACCUAUCUUCGGACCUACAAAACUGGGGAUUAUGUCGAUGUCAAGGUUAACGGGUCAAUCCACAAAGGCAUGCCCCACAAGUUCUACCAUGGCCGCACGGGUCGGGUCUGGAAUGUUACCAAACGCGCCAUCGGCGUUGAGGUGAACAAGCAGGUUAGUAACAGAAUCAUAAGGAAGAGGAUUCACGUCAGAAUCGAACACGUUCAGCCCUCCAGGUGUCACGAAGAGAUUCGUCACAGAAUAAUAAAGAACGACCAGUUGAAGGCAGAAGCAAAGGCACAAGGUAAGAUCAUCAGCACCAAGAGGCAGCCAGCGGGACCCAAGCCUGGCUUUUUGGUCGGAGGUGCAACACUAGAAACCGUCACUCCCAUACCGUACGAUGUGGUCAACGAUCUCAAGGGUGGUUAUUAAGUCUUCACUACAAACAAACCGAGUGUACCGGAGUGUUUUCUAGUUGGUCUAAUUAGACUUGUCUUGUUUUCUUCUUCGUUGCUUGUGUGAUCGUAUUUUGGCAAUUGAUUGAUAACUCGAGACCAUUUUUGUUUUUAAAAUGAUAUAUAUUUACUUAGUACAAUUCACCUGGUUUUCUUACAUGAUAGAAGAAACCUUGUAAUGAUUUGCUACGAUAUUUUGUUUGGUUUAUUGAUGAAUGGAUUGAUUUUUUUUAUGU